CCCGUUAUAAAUAUAUAUUAUAUAUAAUGCAAAGAAAGGUAAAUGGUUUUACUGGGAUUUUUAUCGAGAAGUAAAUAUUUCGAUUUUUUAUUUAUUUAAGCUGUUCAUUCUGGCAAUGAUUUGGCAACAGUGCGGGUGGUCCUCGAGCUCUAUUUUUACUGUCUGGUAUUUAAACUGAAACACACGUUUCUAAGCAAUACGAGGCCACCUUCAGUCGCAAGCUGGGUGCCAGGCCUGGGGCCCCUCCCAGCUCCCCCGCCCCAGGAAACCCUGCUGACCUUUGCAAAGGCUGCCGAGCUCUCGUGCACUUUUUACAUAAGAAAAAGGUGAAAAAAAGGAAAAAAAAAAAAAAAACUUCUUUGCCACAAACUGAGCCGCAGAACCUCCCUUCUUCCCCCACCCACCUCUCCUGCUCUCUCCCUUCUCUGCGCCAGCCUAGGGCUCUGCACCAAAGCCAUAGGUUGGGGGAGCAGGAGCUGGUGUGCCCCGGAGCGGUGUGGCCAACCCUCCACCAGCUCCAGGCGCCAAAUCUUGGUGGCAGGGAGGGCACCCCACUGCCUGUUGCCCCAGAGCUGUUCCCUGGCAGGGGAGGACAGGCAUUAGGCCCCAUGGUGCCCGGGUGUUCAGAGAGGCUGAGGAAUAGAACAGUGUGUAGGGGCCUGGGGCAGGGGGUUCUGGAGUGUCAGAUGAGGUGGAGGCCAGGGCAGGACAGGGGUGUUAGUGCCCCCAACUCCUGCCAGAGCCCCAGUCCAGCCACAGAGUGGCUCAGCAAGGCCAUUAAGAGGGCUGCGGCCCUCCCUUCUCCCUUGCCCAUGCCCCUAGAGCUGCCUCUCGGGCAGGGCGGCACCACUGCAGGAGAGGAGCUUGGCCUCUGGGAGUCAGGCAGGAGGGGCCUGGCUAGCCAGUGCUGGCUCCACUGGACAGGGAGCCCUGGACCCCCAGGUAUGAGGAGGGGAUGGGUUUAGAGUCCUGUUCCAGGUCCGUCCCCCACCUAGCAAGGCCCCAGGCAGAACUUGGAAUUCAGGCCGCCUGCAGGCCAAGGGGUUCCACAAGCAGGUGCUGCUCGCACAGGGAGUUCAGGCGCCAGCUAAGCCCCUGUGCUUCUGUGGUAGGCCUGCUUCACUUAGGGAGCGCUGCCUCAAGGCAGAUAAAGCUCCCUUGUUUGCCCCGACACCCAUGGGGCCUCUCAAGAGAGAAACUCCCGUUCACCCCUUUCCCAGGGCACUCGCUCUCUAGGUGGCAUGCCAGCCCCCAAACACAGGUGGCUUUUGGGCCCAGGUGGGUCAGCCUGCUGCCCCUGCCCUAUACCCUCUCAGGCCGUUGGGACCCCUGUCCUUCAGAUGUCCAAGGGUCUAGGAGUGGGGCCAGUCACCAUGGGAAGAGGCCAAGGGUCUUGGCAGGAGAGGCGGCCCAGGUAGGACCCAGUCCUGAGUAGAGCAGGGCCAGGGAGGUGCCCACCCCGCCCCGGCCAGCCGCCCUCUCUCUUGUUUCUUCUAUUUGUUCUUCUUUUCACCCACAGCCCUGUGUUCCUGUCAUCCCUCCUUUCAGCAAAAGUCCUGUUCCCCUUCCCUCUAUCCCCACCCAUUCCUUCCCCAAGAAAAUAAGCUAUCAUUGUUGUAUUUGCAAUCUAUGGAUUAGAGGUUUAAGUAUUUAUUAUUAUUGGUUAAUUAUUAUUAAUUAUGUAAAUUUGCCUCCCGUCUGUCUGUUGCAUUGGGUUUCUGAGGAGGCCCUGGGUGAGGAGGAUGCACUGGCUCCCCGCUUCUCGCCCCCCACCCCUGUGCUGUCCAGGAGGCAGUGGUCUGGGGCCACUGGUUGGGCCCCCCUCCUCCCCUCCCCUUGUCCCUUCUCCAGGCUGUGUGUGUGGGGGGGUCCUGUCUGUCUCAGUCUGUCUCUGCUCCCACUCUUGAGGCACUGGUCACCCCAAAGUGAGCUGCCAGGGUGGGGAAGAAGGUCCUGUGUUGGCCACUGCCUCCUCCAGUGCUGUGGGAGGCAGGCUGGGGCCCCACCUGGUGGCUUUCUCCCCACUGGGCCCUGAGUCCUCUCCAAGCCUCUCUCCCACCCCUCUCACCCGGCCACUGCCUGGCAUUGGGAUCGCCCCACAAUGGACCCGGCCCCUCCUGUUAUUUGCUGGGAAGUCCAGCGGAGGAGAGGAUGCAGGUCCCCCGCCGAGCCUCCAGUCUCUGUGGACUGGGCUGCCGGCCCUUCCGCACCCCCUUAGAGCCCUUCCCGACGCGGCUGCACCUUCCGCUCCGGGCCCCUCCCUUUGUAUUUGGAGACAAUGUGUUGUAAUAAAGCUCAAAGUGGAUGUUUUCCCCA